AUGAAGGCUAUUUUUCAGGGGCUUAUAGAAGAUGUGAUGGAAGUCUUCAUGGAUGACGAAAAAGAUGAACUCAUAUCCACCAAGACAUUGAUAGGACCAUGUGUCAGUACUGAUUACAGGAAGUUGAAUAAAGAUACUAGAAAAGAUCAUUUUUCUCUUCCUUUUAUUGAUCAGAUGGUUGAUAGACUUGCAGGAAGAUGUCUUUUGGUUUGUGCAUUGCCCCUGCCACUUUUUCAAUGUUGCAUGAUGGCUAUAUUUCAGAGGCUUAUAGAAGAUGUGAUGGAAGUCUUCAUGGAUGACUUUUUUGUUUUUGGCUCUUCUUUUGAUACUUGUCUUGCUAAACAAUUUGACUUUGUAGUGAAAGACAAGAAAGGAUGUGAGAAUAUGGUAGUUGACUACUUGUCUAGAAAUGAGAAUGAGAAUGAUCAGACAAGUUCAUCAAUCACUGAGGACUUUCCUGAGGAACAAUUGUAUCAGGUAAAGGGUGCUGUGAGUUGGGACUGA